AUGGAAGCCGCAUUGUCCUUCUACUUUUGGGCAAUGUGCUCUAAGGACACCGACUACAAGAUGGGAGAUUGUUGUCCAUGGCCAUUGGACUCGUUCACCUACAAUGGCUUGUGCAGUCACAGUUCUCUUAAGGAAACUCCUAAGGGGGACCUGAAUAUGACCCAAGAACAAGCUGACCAAGUUGUCAUUGCAGCCAAGAGACGGGUAGCAUUGAACAAUGCUGCCAACUACAAGAAAGAGAGAGAGCAAGACCUGGAGAAGUACAAAGCUCGCAAGCGCAGAUAUGGCUUGACAUACAAUCGCGUCCAUCCCGAUCGCAGAUAUGAAAGUGGUCGAAAGUACCGUGCAAAGGUCCUUGCAGAGGAACGUCUGCAGUGUACCAUCUGUGGUACGAAGUACAGCAACCGCAAUUCCCUUGAUCGUCACAUGGACUCCAAACAGCACAAGAUCUGGGCGAAGAGAGAAGCUGAAGGCAAGAACAGAUUUAGGUGCAAGAUCUGUGGGACUCCAGCUACCCAUCUAUGUCAUCUUCAACGCCAUGAGCAAGGUGCUCGUCACAAGGCCCGCGCUGCUGCUCUUGCAGCUCUUGCAGCAACUCCUUGA